GAGGCGCACAAGGUGGAGGGAGGCGGGAGCAGGCAAGCAUGGAGAGUAAGAGUGGGCAUGACAUGCUGCUGACGAGCCUCCGUGGCCUGGUCAACAUGAUGCUCAAGAGCCACGCCUCGGGUAGCGGCAAGCACACCAGCGUCGUCGACGCACAUCCGCUGCUACGCAAUCUCUGUGUGGCUCUCGAGCAGAUCCUCUCGCACGGAAUCAAGCACGCGGUGCCAGCCAGCCGGUUCAAGCGCAAAGGAGCGCCGCUGCUGUGGGCGUUUCUGGCGCAGUUGGAGGUGUGCGAUGGGGCGCGCGGGACGGCGGCCAUUCAGACCAUCCGGUCGCUCGAGCUGCUAAAGACAGAUGCGGAUCGGGUCCGGGCGCUGAUCAAGUAUGCGCUGGUGGAGGGCUCGCUGGACGAGUAUCUGCAGGCGCUGCUGGACGUGCCAGACGGAAUUCAGACGUACUACGAGCCGCAUGCGCUAAUGGCAUCUCCGGAGCAUGCGCCGCUCCUGGUCUCGUUUGUGGUCCCGCUCAAGGCGCUCAACUUUGAUCUGGACAUGCUCGACGUACAGUUUGAAGAGUUUGAGCGGCCUGCGGAAAAGACUGUUGUGUCCAACAUCAUGUUUGAGGUCGAGACGACGCCUGGUCGCUCUCCAUCGCCGACGCCGCAGGCUGUGCUCUCGCCAGCGCUGGCGGCGCGAAAGGACCGCGAGGCCCAGCCCUCGCCGCGCAAGCCCGGCUCGUCAGGCUCGUCCGGGCGGACUCGCCGCCGCAAGCGCAAAGGCAAAAAGUCACGGGCCGGAGGGAACAGCCGCAACUCGGCCGAGGCGCCGGCCUCGUCGGUGGCCGUCAUUCGGCCUGCCAACCGCAAGGGUGAAGCGCUGCGCAACGCUCCGCCGUCUGCACUCACUCCUGCGCCACCGAUCCUCACUGUGGGCGAGCCCGAGCCUGAGCCAGCCGAGGAAGGCGGACCGCGGCCCAACCCCACGCUUGCUGCGCAUCUGGCGCGAGCUGCCGCUGCCUCCAAGGCUGCCGCCGCCAAGGUUGCCGCCGACGAUGCCGACUCGGUCUACACCAAGUAUCGUGAUCCGUCGACCCGUAUCGACCCGCUCGCCUACAUUGACGCCAUGAGCAGCGGUGGUGACGUGCCCGAUGAUACGCUGCCUGGGUCGGAUGAUGAUAUCGUGCCCGAACCAGACGAUGCCGAUGUUGCCGCGCCCGAUCUGGACAGUGUUGUUGCCGCUGAGCCAGAAUCAGACGAUGCCGAUGCCGAUGUCACCGCGCCGAAAUCAGACGAUGCCGACGCCGACGUCACCGCGCCGAAAUCAGACGAUGCCGACGCCGAUGUCGCCGCGCCUGAACCAGACGAUGUCGAUACCGUCGUGUCCGAACCGGACAAUGCCAUUGUGCCCGAACCAGGCAUUUCCUUCGACCACACACCCUCCCUCACGCCCAACGAACUCGGCACACAACCCGAGACUUUGCUCGCCGCUGAUGGCGCUGCAGAGUCGCCCACGGUGCCGGCACUGGCGGCGUCAACAUCGGCCCUGCUCGCGCGGGUCGAGUCGUUGCUCGCCAGCGAGUCACCGGCGGAGACGCCCAGCGCUGUGCAGAGUCCGGCCAAAAUGCCAAGACCUUCCGAUCCAACGCCCGAGCCGGUGCUGGACCCUGGAUCCGCAGAGUCGAGCAACAUCUCGUCGUUUCUCGAGUCUCUGUGGGACUUUGGAGAGAGCGAUGCGGCAGGGGCGGCGGCAGUUCGACCGAGUGCGGCGAGCAGGGAGAGCGAAGUUGACCAGGCGACAAGCACCGAGGUUGACGAGAGCGCCGAGGGCAACGACGCUGGUCUCCAACUCGAGUUUGACGACGAGUGGCUCACGUCCGAGCUGCGGACGCUCAACCUUCCCACGCCGUCGGUCGGUGGCCGGACAGGAGUCCACUCGUCUAAUGCGUCGUCAGUUGCUGUCCGGUCGCGGCGGCGCGCCAAGCCGUUGGCGCUCGCCCGCGAGCCGCUGCUUCUCACAGCCGCCAACUCGGAGGUACAGAUGAUGGACGCGCUGACAUCGCGAAUCCUUGCGCCAUCAAGCCUCGACGCUGCCACGCCAGCGCAGGUGACGAGCAAAGCGCUUGCGGGCUUCUUUUCGAUCUGCCCGCUCCUCCCGCUACCGUCGCUCGAGCGCGCGCUGCGAGCCGGGUCGCGGUCGGCCAUGCCGCAGGCGACGUCACCAGUGGCGCCUCCUGACGGCCGUAGCAGCUCACGGCCGCGGGCCUGGACCCCGCCGCGGCUGCGCAUCAUCGUCUACGAGGAGCCACCCGAGGCCGAGGCGCGGGCGAUCCAGUGCUACGGAUGCGGCACCGCGCUUGGACAACGGGCCGGCCUGCUGCGGCGCAAGGCGUCUGGCAGACUCUGCACCUACUUUGGCCGAUACUUGUGCUCGGCUGUCGGGUGUUGGACGCCUGCCGGCGGCGGGAGCUGCUCCUCGAUCAUUCCAGCGAAGCUACUGGCGCGAUUCGACACCCAUUCGUACCCGAUCAGUGCGCUCGCUGCGCAGUUUCUGGACUCGGUCGCCGACGAGCCCGCAUUUGACAUUGCUGCCAUCAACUCGUCACUGUACUCGCUCUCCAAGCCGCUAUCCUCGCUCCGCCACUACCGCUCGCUGCUGAAAGAGAUGCGCUCGUUCCUGACGACCUGCACCUCGGGCGUAGCUGCGGCGGUCGACGACAUGGUUGACGACGCGCCGCACCUCGUCUCUGACCCCGACCUGUACUCGCUCGCCGAUCUGCUGGCGUCGACCGACGGCUCGUUGAUGCGGCGGAUGAUCGCUGUCCGUGACAAGGUCCUUGAGCACGUUGCCUCCUGCCCGCGGUGCUCGGCGCUUGCGAUGACGUGCAGUCUCUGCGACGCGCGUCCGCUGUAUCCAUUCGACGAACCGCACGCGUACCGAUGCGAGGACUGCAAUGCCCUCUUCCACAUCGGCUGCAUGCGCCGCAUCGGCAACGCUUGCCCCAACUGUGCAUCCGAUGCCGCCUCGCUCCAGCGCAUUGUCGCGCCGGCUGGCCGGGUCCGCGGCCUAACCAAGCACGACGUGCGGCUGCCAGCGCCGCCUUGAAAUGACUUCAAUAGG